CCAAAACAUUGCCUUUGACAUCCAUAAUAUCUCCAAAACCUUUUUAGAUUUUUAUAUUUAGAGUUUGUUUGUUUUUGUAUUUAAAAAAUAUUUCAAAAAAAAUUUAAAUUUAAAUUUUAUUUUAAAUUAAUAUAUUUUUAAUGAUUUUGGAUAUAUAUUUAUGUUAAAAAUAAAUUUUAAAAAAUAAAAAUAUAUUAUUUUAAUAUAUUUUUAAAUAACAAAAAUAUUUUUAAAAGCAAACUUUCCCUUUUUCAUUUUUAUUUUAAUCUUUUCGUACAUAUUUCAUGAAGAUAUCCUCUGCACCAUAAAAAUAUAUUUUGAAAACCACCCCACAUUUGCAUCUGUAGGGCAUAUGAAAUACACUCAAAUUUUAAAGCCCCAACACCCCACCCGCACCUUAAACCCCUAAAAUCUGCAACUCAAAACACCUAAAAAUAACACAAUGGCCAAGUGGUGGCGAAGCCUGAGGACGGCAAUCCAAUCCCCACAACAGCCAUUAUCACCACCGCAACCAUUUCAAUCUUCACGUUACCACACAAUCCAAGCAAUACCUCGAGAGGUUGUAGGCAGCAGAGUUUCAGCUAGAGAAAGAGAGCAAGGUAGAAUCCCUGCUGUGGUUUUCUCUCAGAGUCUCCUUGAUAUAAACCCGUCAAAUCGGUAUACAUCUAGGAAGAGAUUAUUGACUACUGAGAAAAAGCAGAUUCUAGCCAUUCUUAAGUCCGUAGAAAUCCCUUUCUUUUGCUCCACUACUUUCCCUCUUCAGAUCCGAGCUGGGACCGGGUCAUCGGUUUUGCUUGAAUCCGGAACUGUAUUGCCCAUUAAGAUACAUAGGGAUGAAAAGACAGGGAAGAUAUUGAAUUUGGUGUUUGCUUGGGCUGAUGAAGGAACUGAGAUGAAAGUUGACGUGCCGGUUGUUUUCAAAGGAGAAGAAAAUUGUCCCGGUCUUAAGAAAGGAGGCCAUUUGAAGAUGAUGAGAAGUACUCUAAAAUAUCUCUGCCCAGCUGAACACAUUCCUCAAAAAAUUGAGGUGGACAUAAGCAAUCUAGAUAUUGAAGAUGGAUUAUUCAUGCGUGAUAUCGAGGUUCAUUCAUCGUUGAAGCUUUUGAGUAAGAAUGAGAACAUGCCUGUAUGUAAGAUUGUAGCAACAAAUUUGGAUACCCCAGAAUCCGCGGCAUUGAAUUUAGAAAGCUCAGAACCUGCAGAGAAACAGCCAGUGGAGUGCCUGUGAAUCACCUCAGCAGAAAAGAUUAGCAACCCCAAUGUUAGAAGUUUAGAAUAAUAACUUUGUUGUUUUGUCUAGAUUAUGGCUUGCGUUGGUGUUUUGGGAUUCUCAAACUAAGGAAGACAUUCAUGGAUAGAUACUUAGGCAUGUUAUAUUUAUGCUUUUAGCAUCUUAGUUACUUUGUUGGUAGGUUGCAUUAGUUGCUGCUAAAUGAUGCAUGAAUGUAUCAAACAUGAAAAACUGAGAUGGCUUAUGACUAUGUUCUUUUUUUUUUUUCUUUCUCAAUGGAUAAUUAUAUCAAAAACUUGAAAAUUCAGAUUGUAAAA